AUGAAUCAUUUCGGAUCUCGUGGAGGCGGCGGUGGCAGCGUAAAUUCGUACAUCUACGAGGUCAAGAACCGGAUCAACUCGGCGGACGGCGACUCUUUGGCCGAUUUGUUGUCACUUGAGCGAUUCGAGCCGGGACGAGAUUUGCAGCAUGCCAUCGGCAACGGCAACCAGUGGGAAAAUGCCGUCAACAAAGUGCUCGAUUCACCGUGGGAUGAGCUGGUUCGAGGGCACCUCCUGGCGUACCAGGCGCUGCUGUACAACAGCGAAGACUACUCGGGUGCCUUCGGGCACAAAUGCUCUAUGGUGCCGGCACUGGUGAAGGUGCUGACGCAGAUCAAAGAGGAGAACUGGAUGUUGCCCAUCGUCUACGUGACCUCCACUGAGCUGAGGAAGCUCGCCAUCUGCGCCGACACCCGGGGACACACCUCUCACCAGAGCAACAAGGCGAUAAAGCCAAACGCCAACGUUGAAGAGGCCGCCUCACAGCUGAUGAACGUUUUCCGCGUCUGUGCCACUGACUCGCGGACGGCGAUUGAGAUUUCCAAGCGAAAGGCAAUGAUGAACAUCAUCAAUCAGCUGUUUAAGAUUUACUUUCGCAUCAACAAACUCAACCUCUACAAGCCGCUAGUGCGAGCGCUUGAGAAUGCCAACAUCAUGGAUCAGUUUAGUCUGGCCGAACGGGUUACCUACUCCUACUUUACCGGCCUGAAGUCGCUCUAUGAUUCAGAUUACCUAAAGGCAGAUAAUCAGCUGACAUUUGCCUUUGACAACUGUCACAAGGAGUACCUGAAGAACAGGCGCAUUAUCCUCAUUUUUCUCAUUCCAGUAAAGAUGCUCUUUUCCGGAUGCAUGCCCACCAAGCAGCUUCUAGCAGAAUAUCAACUAGAGCAAUUUGAAGACCUCUGUGAAGCAAUCAAAGAUGGCAACUUGUACUCAUUUGACCAGGCCAUUGAAAAGCAUUCUGAUUUUUUCUACUGUUAUGGAAUCUACUUUACGCUCGAAAAGUUGAAAGCACUCGUUUAUCGGAAUAUCUUCAAAAAAGUAGCAAAAAUUGUGAAUACGCAUCAAAUAUCAAUGAAUCACUUUGUAAAAGCGAUCAACUACUUUCAGUCAAAUCGUGGUCAAAUUGAGCUUGCAGAAGAGGACAAGGUCACUUGCGAGGAAGUUCACUGUUUACUGGCAAAUCUUAUAGCCGAAAACAAACUAAAAGGAUACAUUUCACUACAGCAUCAAAAGCUCGUCAUCUCAAAGCAGAAUCCAUUUCCCAAACUAUCUAGCAUAAACCAAUAA